GCACGAACGUCGAAUUGCGCGCCAUUCUUCCUCCCCUCUCCCCCCCCUCCCCUCUUCUCCUCCCCCUUCCUCUCAUUUAAUACCCUCGAAAUACCAAUAAAUUAAACCCGACGACAAGAUGGGUGUUGCUUUUGACAAGUGCGAGACACGGCCGGAAAAUAUCGAGGUCAUCCUCAGCGGCCUGGACAGAUAUAACCCCGAGACUACUACAGUGUUCCAAGAAUAUGUUGCUCAGCAGUGCGAGGACCGAACAUUCGACUGCUAUGCUAACUUGGCGCUGUUGAAGCUCUACCAAUUCAACCCUCACCUCCUCCAGGCGGAGACCGUCACCAACGUCCUCGCCAAGGCUCUUACCGUCUUCCCCUCGCCGGCUUUCUCCCUCUGCCUUGCCCUGCUCCCCGCCCACACCCAGCCUUUCCCAUCCGCAGACCCCGAAGCUCAAUCCGCCGCCCAGGCCUCCGACUUUGUUGAAUCGGUCCAGAAGCUCGCCCGUCUCUCCACACUACUCGAGUCUGCCCAGUACGCCCAGUUCUGGUCGACCCUGAACUCCGACGAUCUGUACGCCGACCUGGUGGCCGACGUUGCCGGAUUCGAGGAGCUGGUGCGCAUCCGCAUCGCCGUCGAGGUUGGCAAGACUUUCCGUGAGAUCAACGCCGAUGUGCUCGAGCAGUGGCUGGACCUGAGAAGCCGCGAGGCUGUGGAGAAGUUCGUCGUCGACGUGUGCACCUGGCAGGUCGAGAAGGGUGCCGACGGCACCGUCGUCAAGGUGCCCACCAACCAGGAGAACGAGGCCCGCAGCGAAGUCAAGAGUGAGCGGGUCGCCUUUGAUAUGUUCGGUCGUGUCAUCAGACGGGGUUUCGAGCAGCCUGCAUAAAUGAUAUAAACGAUAUCCAAAUGUUUAUUCUGUUAGGUUGAUUUGGGAUUUCUUUUUUUUUUUU